AUGGCACCCCGCGUUGCAGUCAUUGGGGCCGGCCCCCUUGGACUGAUGGCUGUGAAGAACAUGAAGGAAGAUGGACUGGAUGUUACGUGUUUUGACGCGAGGUCAUGGAUUGGAGGUAUAUGGAAUUAUUCUGAGGAUGAGAGUCUCUCUGUGGCUGCAAACACAAUAUUCAAUAGCAGCAAAUACAGGAGCGCGGUAUCAGACUACCCCUUUCCCGGCGGCACGGAUGAUUUCCCGACAUGGCGUCAGAUGUGGGAAUAUCUGCAGGGCUACGCGGACCAUUUCCAGCUGCGGCCGCACAUCCAACUCAACACACGUGUGACGGCCAUUACACGCGACGGCGACACAUGGGCGGUUGAGGUCCUGGUCAAGGAUGGAUCUCCUCGUCGCGAGUAUUUUGACAAGGUCGCCAUCGCAAAUGGGUCAUUCACGGCACCUAAAUGGCCUAAGCUCCCAGGCAUCGAACAAUUCAAGGGAAGGACUCUGCACGCGAUCAACUUCCACCGGCCCGAGACUUUCAAGGACCAACGGGUAUUGCUUAUUGGUCUCCAUGCUACCGCACAAGACGUCGCUUCGAGUCUUUUGGGACAUGCUGCACAGUUGUAUGUAAGCCACAGGAAUGGUGUUACCUUGCUCCCACGGUAUGACCCCAAAGGCGCUGUGUUCGACGCAGCUUUGACUCUCCACCUCACAAAAUUCAUGUUGUUUGCGACGACGUGGUUUCCCAAUGUACUGAACUGGCUGCUGGACAAGUUCAUGAUUGCCGCAUCCAAAGCAGCGUUCCCCAAAGUGUCAAAGUCAUGGAACUUCUUCCCAGCUCCAUCCAUCGCCACAACAGCGCCUUUGAUCGCGGACGAGAUCUACCCUCUACUAGAGUCGGGGUUUUGCGAGCCAGUGACUACGGUGGCCAAGAUCACGGGCCCGAGGACGGUCGAGUUGAAGGACGGCCGCGUCUUGGAAGACAUAGAUGCUAUUAUCUACACCACAGGCUACGACCUCUCAACGCCGUUCCUCGACAAGGAACACAGUCCCCACGUCACACCAGGCAGCCCGCCUUACUUGUAUCGCGGCACGUUCUCGCUCCACGAAGACCCCAAGGUCCGAAACUCGAUUGUAUUCCUUGGCUACGCCGCGAUCUUCUUCCCUGGUUUCGUCCAGCAUGAGCUCAUCAUCAUGGCAACCUCGCAAAUAUGGUGCGGCAAGUCUAGCCUGCCUCCACUGAGUGACAUGAAAACCUGGUACCGUGGCUUCAUGGUGUGGCGCCAGAACCUUCUUAAUCGUCAGAAAAGUGAGGCCACAUUUUACACGGUCGCCCAACCACUCACAGACCACAUGCGAUGGCUCGAGGAGACUGCCGGCACGGAAGUGUUCGACCAUUUUGGAUGGUUCAGCCGCAAGGCUUGGUCCUUCUGGUGGAAUGACCGGAAGUUGUACAAUCUAUGUGCCAAUGGUCUGUUCACCCCGACUAUCUGGCGACUGUUUGAGACCGGAAAAAGAAAGGCCUGGCCAAAGGCCAAAGAGCAGAUUAUUCGUGAUAACGAGGCAGCCCAGGCGCAGGUUCGAGCUAGAUCUGAGAUGCUGAAGCAUGCGGAAGACAAGAAGACCUUGUGA